AUGGCCGCUGGAGGGGGCCACACCGUUCUGCUCCAGAGCGAUGGCACCGCCGUGGUGUGUGGCGAGGAUGGCGUCGACCAGUGCGACCUCCCGGUGCCAGCAGAAGGCCUGAGCUUCACGCAGGUGGCCGUUGGACGGGGCCACAUCGUUCUGCUCAAGAGCGGUGGCGCCGCCGUGGCGUGUGGCGUUAAUGGCGCGGGCCAGUGCGACCUCCGCGCGUCGGCGGGGGGCCUGAGCUUCACGCAGGUGGCUGCAGGAGGGAACCACACCGUUUUGCUCCAGAGCGGUGGCGCCAGCAGAAGGCCUCACGGAACUUGCCAACGUUGUUCUUGCAGGCAUUUGACGACGGCCAUUCGAUGUGUUUCACGACGCGGGAUGGGGUGGAGCGUUGCCGACCUGUGGCCGCACCUUGCGUCCGCCCGGCGAUCAUUCAGGUACACUUGA